UGUUUCAAUGACGUGCGCUUCGUAAAAACGUAUGAGAAAGUCUGGCUGGCAGAAAGCAUGUUGUUGCCUUAACUGUAUGAGACAUAAUAGGUUUAAUUGCCAUCUCUCCUUUUCAAGUCCUCCCUACAUGAAUUACGCGAUCUAACUUUUUAUAGAAUCUUUCGGUAUCGUCUCGUGCACAUAGAUGGUACACGUUUCUUGCUUUUUUUCGUCAAACGUAAAGAACCUAACCCGAAUCUAUUCCUUCGUGAAAAAUGUCAGAUAGUAAAGGUCUCGACAAACCCGUUCAUCACGAGGAAAAAGCUUGUAGAACAUCGAUGUAACCGUGUAUUAACUUCACGUUGUGACUGAAACAUCAAAGUCAGGACCAAAAUUAGUUUUAUCGACAAAGAACGUAAUUUAGCAUCUGAGAAUGAUCUCAAGUGAAAUUUGAAGAACGAAUCUUUAAACGACGUGCGAUUGAACUUUUAGCCAACCAUAUUUGUCAAUGUUAAGAUUAUUCUUUUGUUGUUACGUUCGUCACGAUUAAUUUUACCUUUGCAAUAAACCUGAUCUUCCGUUAAGUAUCCGCUCAUCAGCACAGUACGGUAAAAAAAGAGUAACGGUGAAGCGUACGCGGGCGUUAAUGGACCACGUUAUGGCAACGCGUAUUAAAGGAUUGCGAAAUCGAAAGUACGAGGAAAGUAUAUUACGCCAUAUAAAAAUUGGUCUGCAUCAAACCCAUGACAUUCGGUAUCGAAGGCUACUUAUCGCUUGCGAAAUUAAACGGAUGACCACGGGCAGUACAUUCAGAGCAAGAGAUGUUUAACAAAAACGUUCAUGAAAUAUUCGACCCAUCGUAUUUCGUAAUCAAUUAAAUUCUCAUUUUACUCUCGGAGCAAAAAAAGAGUUAAGUAAGUUAGUUAAGUUACAGAACCGCUUUAUGCAUUGAGAAAUUACGCGAGAGUUUACAUUAGUAAUAAUACCGAUUUCACGACAGUGAGAAUCACUAUAUUCGGGUAUUUUUUAAAUUACUCCUUUUUGCGAUUAAUAUUUUACAAUAUUAUCAUAAUAGCAGGUAUAUUAAAGUACACUAAGUAUAUCAUUAGUCUGGGUAUAAUAUUACCGUAUACUAUAUAUACCUGAUAUGUUGCAAAUGCGUAUAUUGCUCGAGCGCUCCAUCCCGUUUAAUCGAAGCGCAAAUCACGUGUCGCGGAGUUGCACCCCAAGCUCGGGACCCUGGUUCGCGCAUCGACGCUCGAAAAAGAUUCGAAUUUGCCGGUUAAUUAAUCAGCGACCAGAAGCGUUCUAUUAAUCAUCGUUUCGUAGCGCGUUAAACAACGUUCUGACUUCUAAUUAGAUAGUUACCUCCGUAAUUAGUACAUUCGCUUAACAUUGCUUAAUGUCUCAUUCGCCUGACUUGUUCUUCGAUGGAAGAAUCGCAUCAGACAUCGAACAAUUUCGUGAAAGUUUCCGAUGCGAUGAGACGAGAGCAGUAUUAAUCAAGCCUUGGUUAACGAAGACGAGCGGUCGAAGUUGCCAUCCUUAGAAGGUCCGUAUCCUUACGAAGUCCUGCAUCCUUCUUCGUUUCUGCCGCUCUAGCCACCCGACAGAGAGGCGAGAGCACGAGAAGAACGAUGCUCCAAGUUAAUGAUGCGCCGCAUUGCGUUACAAUAUAGGAUUCGUAACCCGUGAAAUAUGGAACGAAUCCGUACUCUAGGUGGUUGCUACGGUCCCACUCUUCUUCACUCACCAUCACUACCGUCACCGACUGAUUCAACACCACCGUGACACAGUUACACCGGUGCCUCGCUGUAAAUCCUACAGCGCUUGCACCAAACCGUGAUCUAGAAACACGGAUGAAUCCCGGGAUAUAUAAAGCGGAUUAGAACCAAAGUUUGUCAUUCCCUCGACACCAUCCAACGGUGGAAGGUGUAGCAUAGCCAAAAGGUAAAACCGACGGAAAACGAAAGCCUAUCUGGUGAAGCAGUUCGCGUGAUCCAGAGACUCGCCUUCUCAAGGAUAAACGAGGGAAAAACGGUGGCCAAGUUUAUUGUUCCGCCCGGAGGAAAGGCCCACCGACUUCAACAUGUCUAAGAUUGGAUUAGCAGUAUUCGUCAUAGCCCUUACCCUGGUGCGCUCUGAGCCGCCGGUGAACUCAUAUUUGCCACCAAGCGGCGGUGGCAACGGAGGAGGUGGCGGAGGACCAUCGAAUACUUACGGCCCGCCUGGUUUCGACGGGCAGAACGGCAUCGGAGGAGGCGACAGCGGUCGUAACGGAUUAUCAAAUACUUACGGAGUACCUGGCUCGAACGGUGGAAGGAAUGGCAAUGGCAGAGGAAAUGGUUUCGGCGGUGGUCAACCUUCUAGCUCUUACGGAGCACCAUCCAAUGGACUCGGUGGAAACGGAGGUUCAGGUGCCGGAAGACCAUCCAGCAGCUACGGAGCACCUGGUGGAGGAAAUGGUUUCGGUGGUGGUCAACCUUCCAGCUCUUAUGGUGCACCGUCCAAUGGACUCGGUGGAAACGGAGGUUCAGGUGCCGGAAGACCAUCCAGCAGCUACGGAGCACCUGGUGGGGGAAAUGGUUUCGGUAGUGGCCAGCCUUCUAAUUCUUAUGGUGCACCAUCCAAUGGACUCGGUGGAAACGGAGGUUCAGGAGCCGGAAGACCGUCCAGCAGUUACGGAGCACCUGGCGGAGGAAAUGGUUUCGGUGGUGGAAGCAACGGAGCUGGCAAGAACGGAUUCGGUGGUGCUCCAUCGAACAGCUACGGUCCUCCUGAAAACGGAAAUGGUUUUGGUGGUGGCAAUGGAGGUGGAUCUCCAUCGGGUCUCUAUGGACCUCCUGGAAGAAACGGUGGAAACGGCGGGAACGGUGGAAACGGUGGCAAUGGAGGACGGCCAUCGAGUAGUUACGGAACGCCUGAGAGAAAUGGAGGAAGACCAUCGGGUCUUUAUGGACCACCAGGUAGAAAUGGAAAUAACGGCGGCGGAAAUGGAGGAUAUAACGGUGGCAAUGGUGGAUAUCCAUCGGGAGGACCGGGUAGUAACGGGGGUGGCAAUGGUGGAUAUCCUUCUGGAGGUCCUGGUGGCAAUGAUGGCUAUCCUUCUGGAGGUCCCGGUGGUAAUGGCGGCGGUAACGGCGGUUAUCCUUCUGGACCAGGUGGAAAUGGUGGCGGUAACGGAGGUUACGGGGAAGAUGAAAAUAACGAACCAGCAAAGUACGAAUUCUCUUAUGAAGUCAAGGACGAGCAGUCCGGAGCUGAUUAUGGCCAUACGGAAAGCAGAGACGGGGAUCGCGCACAGGGAGAGUUCAAUGUUCUGCUUCCUGAUGGCAGAAAACAAAUCGUCGAGUACGAAGCUGAUCAAGAUGGAUUUAAACCUCAAAUUAGAUACGAAGGUGAAGCGAAUGGCCAAGGAUAUGGUUCUGGUGGACCAGGAGGCAAUGGUGGAGAUAAUGGAUACCCAAGUGGCGGACCUAACGGGGAUGGAGCCGGAGCAGGCUAUCCAUCGGGAAGACCGGGUGGUGACAAUGGCGGUUACAGAAACGGAAAUAACGGUGGCAACGGUGGCAACGGUGGAAACAAUGGAGGAUAUCCAUCCGGAAGUGGUGGCGACGCAGCGGCUAACGGAGGAUAUCAAUACUAAAUGUUCAUCUAAGCGUAGUAAUAUAUAUCGCGUGUAUUACAAAAGGGGAAUACAUAGGGCAACGUUUAUCAUAACGCAUGGGAUAGUUUCUGUCUGGAACAGUAAGAACGCAACUGUAAUUGUGAGCGAUGAUAAUUUUAGUACGAUCGAAUUUUGAUAUCGAUCUUUACUAUAUUUAAUCGUUUUAGGACACUUACAAUUGAACGAUCAUAGAAUGAAAAGAAUGAUCACUCGUUUAACGUUGAAAACAGGCAGGUUUUCAUAUUGCAAUGCUUCGUUUGUUUCAGACGUAGUAUCCUUCCUAGUAUAAAAGGAAUAACUAUUCAUAGGAUAAACAUAAAGACCUCAAAGUCAAUCCUUAGAAAUGAACGAUAUUGUUAGCUGUUAAUCGCAUACAACUUCUUGAUAUAUUCAUUUAUAACGGAAUUCACGUGCAAUAAUACUAACAAUAUCGUUUAAUAAACUUAGCAAACGCAGUGUCAUUACUUUUUAAAUCAAUUUCUCUCUCAGUAUAUAUAAUAAGACUCGUAAAUGAAUUGGUUAUCAUUAUAUAUACCAUUUGCGAUUUUAUACGUGUGCAAUACUCGUCUUCUUCGAAAUAACUAUAAUUUCCUUAACAUUUGAUGAUCUAUCUACGAUUUUAUAACUACCACCAGAUGUAUACUAAUUUUUAACGUUUGUUAAGAUAUUGUAUUUAUUACUAUUUAUCAUACUAUAUAUAUAUAUAUAUUUUAACGAUGUUUAAAAUGUAGCUGUAGAAACAAACGUCCGCAUAAAUAAAAAUUGCGGUAGGCCAUAAUGUGUUCAGUGUUCAGUCUUUCACUUACACCUUUCACGCUAUGUAAACGUUAUUCUACUACAAUUUAUAUGAAUAUACAUAUGUAUAUAUACAUAUAUAUUAUAUGUAUUAAUAUGUAUACA